AUGGCCGCGAUAUUUUGUGCUUUAUUGCUGGCAAUGCAAUUGGCAUUUAUUCAAUCGGCAAUACCCCGUGUGUAUAUUAAAUGUAGUGUUUGGGACUCUGGGUGCCUUACCAGACAGGCUCAAAUAAAAGUGCCCGCCAUUACCUCUGGAAUACCAGAGCUCUUCACCGAAACAUUGGAUCCCAUGCUAGUGAACUUCGCCCGUGUCGAUCUCGCCGGUUUAAAAAUGGAUUUGAAAAAUGCCGUAAUUCAAGGAUUCAGGAACGCUGUUAUUGAUAGAAUUAACAUUAACACAGUAUCGCGACAAAUACAAUUAGUGUACCAUACCGAUCUUGCGAUGAAAUCCCGGUAUAGUGCUCAAGGAAAUAUCCUCAAUUUGCCAUUUAAUGGAGAUGGGGAAGCUUUAAUAUCUGCAAAAAAAGUGCAAAUGGAGUACCUAAUGCCGUUUGAAAUAUCAAAAGACGCCUUUGGCAGAGAUGUAAUUGAUCUGAAGGGACUCCAAUACUGGUUCGACGUUAAGGACAACGUACGGUUUGACUACACUAACUUGUUCUAUGGCAACAAGGGACAGAGCGAUCUUAUGCAUCAAUUCCUGAAUGCAAACUGGAAAUCAGUGGCAUUAACGUACGGACGACCAGUGUUUGACGUGCUGAAUAUGAAAAUCUUCAAUGCAAUAAGAUCAUAUCUUCUUUUGCAGCCAAUUGAAGAAAUAUUUCUUAAUUAG